AUGGGGACUCGCUACUCAUAUGAGCACCACUACUCGGACUACUGCGCUAUCUUCAUCAGGCGACUGGCUUUUGAGAAGCUACUUCUUCAGCACAUUCACCCGGAGAACAAAUUGGGCCCGCAUAUUUCCAGUACUCUAGGCACACUGAAGGCACUUACGCCGUCAAAGUCCGGGCUACCGGCACCAGCGCCUUCUGGUAAAAAAAAAAACUGCCCACAACCUCCGAUAACACACUGGGCAAUGCCAUGGGAGCACUAUAUUCUAAUGCACCAGGACAAAUCUAGAUGGAAUAUCGGACUGGUUCAAUGCAGAUCUCCACGCUACGUCAAAUUCGCUUUCUUUGACAAGGUUGGUAUGCUGAAUCCUAAAGACGGGAGCGAUCUCCUAGUGGUCAGUCCUUUUUGGCAUGGUGUCGGCCAUGGCGAUUUGAAGCUUCAGCCUGCACAUUCAGCUAGCCAAGCAUACUCUAAAGCCAAACUUAGUCGACACACCAAAGGGAGUGAUCCAGCGAUGAUCACGAAACGAUCGUACUUAUUCACAACGACCUCGACAUUUAUAACGUCUACAUCGAUAAUUCCGACCCUGUCACUGGUGUCAUCGACUGGGAUCUCACUCUCACGAUUCCUCGCUGCAUUCGAUAUACAUUCCUUCCUCUCUUUCUCUGCAAUGAUGGGAAAGACUGCUAUGCCAUGGACAACGCAUUACACACGUUUUGGUGAUUUGAAUUCUACCGACCCUUAUACACGGAAUAUUAUCGAGGCCACUCGCAAUUUAGAGAAAGAUGCUCCCAGAGAGGGCAUCUACACCUCAAAAUCACAUAGUUACCAAGCAGCCAAUGACGCUUUUGAUAUAGACGGAGAGUCCGGCCACUUCGGAGAGAAGAAGUUCAAGGAAAUUCCUGGACUCCGGCCAUUGCAAUCGGUUUUGGAGAAAUUAGAAGGCAAACGAGGCCGGGGUGAUGGCGAAACCAUGUCGAUGAGGAAGACAGCUUCUGGUGCCUCAAGUCUGGUGCUCAAAAAUGGCAAAUUCUUCUAUCCAAAAGCUGCAAUACAUUGCUCCUUUUUGAGCUGCCCCCGAGUGGUAUGGACUAUGCUUGGUCCUGGUAGCAUCAUACAUCCAUCAAAUCCUAACUUUGGCGCGUUUGCUUCAACCUCCGAUUUUUCCUGCAGUAGACGGGAUAACAAAAAGCUCUUGAUAGUUAACGUUGAUGGUAAGCAAGUUGGCGCCUACUUUUAA